UUGAUACACAACCUUAGCUUGAUAGAAGGCAGUAAUGGCAACACUUCUCAGGCACUCUCUUUUGCUUCGCCGUCCAUGUAUAAAGCAUUUCAGCCAUUCCCACCCCUUGCGUCCAGUCGAUGUGAAAGAAGAAGAGGAACUCGUUUGCUCAGGAUGUGAGCUAGACCUUUCAGGUUCAGCUUACAAGUGUAGCAAGUCCAACUGUGAAUUCUCCCUUCACAAAUCCUGCUUUGAGCUUCCUGGUGAGCUUGAACACAAUUCUCACUCUCAGCACUUGCUCACCCUUCUCCCCUCCCCACCUAAGCAUGAUUCCAAGUUCACUUGUGAUGCCUGUGGAGAUUAUGGCACUGCUUUUACUUACCAUUGCCUCACUUGCCAAUUCAAUCUCCACGUUGGAUGUGCUUUCUUGCCCAACACCAUCAAACAUGUGGAUCAUGAUCACCCACUUACACUCUUCUAUUCCUCCUCCAUGGGAAAAGGCUGCACAACCUUCACUUGUGAUGCUUGUAAGAAAGAUGUUUCUCAAAGCCAUUGGAUCUACUACUGCCCAGAUUGCGAUUAUGGCACCAAUCUAGCUUGCACGAUUCCUCAAUGCUGAACAUGCCCGAUAAAUCACUUGCUA